AUGACCCUCGGUAAGGGGCUGCGUCACAAAUUUGUUGUGGGUGCGUCAGGAGGGCUUCGUGGAGGAGGGCACAACGGUGAGGAGGGGCUUCGUGAGCGUCCUGAUAAAGGAAAAGGGGUAGCAAGGCCUACAAAGAGGCAACGGCAGGCACCAAAGUAUGUACUUAGGGUGCCUGCUAGACUACCUACCACUGCUGCAGGUAGUACAUCAUCUGUGGGGCCUCCUCCUACCCCUAUUAUACAGCCUCCUACACCUGCAGCAGACCCUUCUCCUCCUCCUGCAGCACACCCUUCUACUACCCGUGCAGUAGACCCUUCUCCUCCUCCUGCAGCACACCCUUCUACUAUCCCUGCAGCAGACCCUCUUCCUCCUCCUACUGGUACACCACUUGCUGAUCCAUAUUCAAGUGGUGAUGGUGAAGGUCUGGACCCGCCCCUCCAUGAUCGACCAUGGAUUGAGCCCUAUGGUAAAGGGUUUAUUCCAUCUAGGGUUGCUUCCCAGGCCAUCACACGUUCAAUUAAGCAACAGUUUUUAAGUCCAUGGCCUACUUGGGGAGCAAUACCUGAUGACGACAGAAAGUCAUUCUGGCAGCGCUUUCAGAUGAAGGUGCAGUGGAAACCUGAACAUGAAAGUCAGAUACACAGAAAUUUCCACAUGAAAGCAUCUCAUCGGUUGUCAGAGAUGUUUAGGGAUGCCCGCAAUGCAGGACAGCGCCCUAACUGGCUGGGUGAACACAUUUGGAACUCUUUACUGGCCCAUUGGAAUACAGUAGAGUUCCGCAAUAAGUGUGUCAAAGCCCAGCGGAACAGAGCGUCUGAAAGGGGUGGCACCCUGCAUACUGGUGGGUCGAUCACCAUUCAUGAGCAUGCCAUUCGUAUGGCACAGGCUCUAGGACGGGCGGUCCAUGUUGAUGAGGUCUUUGCACAGACUCAUGUUCGGAAGGGAACUAAUGAAUUUGUUGAUGAAAGAUCUCGGAAGACUCAUGAAGACUUUUCUACGAGACUUUCACAGGUUAGAUCUGAACAUGAGUCAGCUCCUACACCGGAUGAUGCCAGUAAUGCAGAUGAUGACAUCCGUAGGACACAAUGCUGGAUCGACAUCGUUGGUGGAAAGAAAAAAGGACGAGUGUAUGGUGCGAGACAGCUUGCUGCAAACUAUACAGCAUCCAGAGGAGGUACUCUGAAGCACCAGCCUUCUUCUUCCACCAGUACUCCUGACGAGGUCGUUCUUCAACUCAGGCAGGAACUCCAUCAACGUGACCAGGAGAUCAUUGAUCUCAGAGCAGAGUUUACAAACUUUAAGGCCCUGGUCAUGAGAGUCUUGCCUCAAACCUCACAGGACGUCUGGGUUGCACAAGAAAUGCCAUUUCUCUGA